CUUCGUCGUUCGUUGUUCCUCGCCACACCACAGCAAUAUAUCAGCACAUGCUGCUACCUGGUGUCAUCUCUCAGUUGCCUGAAGAUCGAUGUCUACGCGUGGACGACCACGUAUAUCCAUUGAUAAGUUGGGCUAUGAAGGAAAAAGAAAAAGGCGACAGCGGAGCAACAACAUCACCGAAGAUUAUGCUACUGCAACGGUACCGGAGUCACGGUGUGAUACGAAUGAUGAACAGAGAGAGUCAUCAUCGCGCGAUGCGGAAAGGCAUGAGGCUUUGGCUCAGGCUCGGGCGAAGAACAAGCUUGCGCAACGAGCAUCGCGAAGAAAAAAAAGGAUCCAAGCAGAUCGGGAAGAGAGUGACAGGCAACAAGUGCGAUUGUAUACCCAUCCACUCCGAUACUGCCUACGGGAACGGUGGCAUAAAGCUGCGAAUUCAAAGUCGAAGCCGAAGUCGAGUAGCCAUUUCGCAAUUAUGGGUCGACUAGGCGAUCACAUUCUUGGGGCACAAGCGGCUUCAUGCACACUACCUGAUCGAGAUUAUGUCUUGACAGAUCUUGAUGGACUCGACGAAUAUUUAGAGCGCGAUUGGGUUGUACACCCUGAGAUUAUCGUAUUGCGUGACGAUAGAUUGUUCUCGAAAGAGUCAAGGAGAGUGACGAGUAAUGAUUUGAUUAAAAGCCUACCUACGGACUCAAUCAUCAAUUUCCAAGACUUUGGACUACCUUCGGAGCAAAUCUAUCGAGCAUUACCAACACCCAAAUUCCAGCGGCGAUGGGCAUCAUCCAAUGGCCAGAUUGUGGACAAGCCUAUGAAUCUACUCAAUAUGUCAUCUUCUAACUAUGAGAUCACUCCACCGCCACUACUCAAUCGUUGCUCGCUACUUCACAAAGCAACACGCGCGGUAAAAGUCGACGCUUUAGCAAGAAAGACAAACGCCGGCCUGGAUCUGGUUGGCAAACCGACUACCACUGACGCGAGGAUGGAUGCCGACCUCGAAAGCUGCUUGCAAUUUCAAAUUUGUAGCCAGGCCGGGGCGAUAUCUGGUUGGCACAUGGAUAGCACGGCGCCCAUUACAUGGGCAACUUUGGAAAGAAAUGAUGAUCAUGAAGGCGCAGAAGAUACGAUCAAAUAUUGGGCUGUUGUCUUGGUACCAGACGAAUGUCUUCCUUCCGCCCUCGAAGCCUUUGGGGAAAAAGGACCUGAGUGGGAGCCGCCGCGGGAAUGGAUCCGAAUCAUCUCGCUCAUUCCAGGUGAUUAUUUGAUAAUGCCUCCAGGAACGAUUCAUGCUCCAAUUUCUCCUACAAACUGUUUCUUCCGAGGUGGGAUGUGCUGGGACUCAAGAAUUUUCCUUACUCACACCUUACCAAUGUGGAAGUUUAUCAUGGCUCACCGGGACAAGGCGUCAAACGAAGAUCAUCCCAAGCAAGCCGCAAAUAUCCUCAAUAAGGUUGCUGGUAUCAUCAGAUUAUCGCCGGCCGAUUUCAAUCUUAGUUCGGAAAAGGACAUCGACGAUGCUAUUCGCGACUGCCAAUGGUUAGCAGAUGCCUCUAUGCCAUGCAAAUGUAUUGGUAGCUGCCACGAUGUGGGCGCUGAGCAUUGUCGCUGUCAAGCUGGGAACUUUAUUGAGGCCCAACGAAGUCGUCCCAAGAAGUCCCGACCAUGA